AUGAUUAUUCCUAUCCGGUGCUUCUCUUGCGGAAAGGUCACCGGGGACCUUUGGGAACGCUAUCUCCAACUCAUCGCGGAUCCGAAGAAAACCGACGGUGACGCCAUGGAUGAGCUUGGUCUGAAGCGCUACUGCUGCCGUCGCAUGAUCAUGACCCACGUAGAUCUCAUCGAGAAACUGUUGAAAUACACGCCAGACGGCCGAAACGAGAAGAAGCAACGACUCAACGAACUGGCAUGA